GUCUUGGACUGGGUCUAUGAAAAGGAUUUCUGGCUUAAGAACUGCUCACUCCAAAACCAGAAGGAAAAAAAACCUGCAUAUCGAGGAUAAUAUCUGUGCUAGACCUCCUGCUGUCCUACGACAUCCAGGAUUGUGUUUAAUAUCAAUCCUCUUUUUUUUUCGAGUUUUAACCUGCCAUGGAUGCCAAUCCAGCUCUAUUUCUGUACCCACUAGAGCAUUCUAAAAUCCUCCAUCUGGUGAGGCAUGCACAAGGAAUCCACAACGUAGCAGGGGAGAAAGAUCAUAAUGCCCUGUUAUCUCCUGAAUAUUUUGAUGCCCAUCUGUCUCCUUUGGGCUGGCAACAGGCGGGCAAUCUUAGGAAGCAAAUUUAUGCAUCUGGACACCUUGAGAGGAUUGAUUUAGUCAUCACUUCUCCUUUGUGCAGGGCCCUGCAAACCGCCAUACAAGUCUUUGGUAGCGAAGGCCAGAUAAAUGGAUCAAAGGAGGCAAAUAUAGACAAUAGUGGGAUAUCAAGUCUCAAAUGCCCACCAAUUGUAGCAUCUGAACUUUGUCGAGAACGUUUGGGAGUUCAUCCAUGUGACAAGAGGAGAACCAUUAGCGAGAAUCGGUCUCGUUUUCCUACAAUUGAUUUUUCAUUGAUAGAAAGUGAUGAAGACAUCUUGUGGAAGACUGAUGCUAGGGAGACCGAUGAGGAAAUUGCAGCCAGGGGCUUGAAGUUUAUGAACUGGCUGUGGACACGGCCAGAGAAAGAAAUUGCAAUAGUUACUCACCAUAGAUUCUUGCAGCACACAUUGAAUGCUUUGGGAAAUGAUUUUCAUCCAUCAGUGAAAAACAAGAUGUGCAAAAAAUUCGAGAACUGUGAACUUCGUUCAAUGAUCAUUGCUGAUAAAGAAUAGGUAAGCAUGGUGUGUUUCGAAGAUAUUAAAAUACCUGUUCCUGUUCCUAUUCCAUGUGCUCCUCUUUUUCCCUGCGGCAUUAUUUCAAGGCAUGACCUCCCAAGUGAACCUGAAAAGGAUAAGCUUUCAGGAGGGGAUUGUUCAGUCAGUCAGCCUGUGUUAGAGUAUCAGAGAUGCUCCUCAAUGAUCUCCGUGUAUGAAAUGCUUGAUCGACGGGACUAGAAGAAUAUGCUCCUGUGCAUAUGUUAUUUGCAUAAAGUUUAUCCUGUAUAACAUAUCAAGUAUCGACAUAUGCUUGGUGGUUGUGUGGAUAUUUCUCUUUAUGGAUUUGGGGUGGAUCAUAUCUUGUUGAAGAGGGGGGUGGAUGGCAUUGGGCCUCUUGACCCCUCACUAGCUUGCUUGAAUUUUGGAUUUGUUAACUCUAAUCUAUUGUGCUGGGUUGCAACA